GCGAAGGAGGAGAAGGGGAGCGGGGCUCCGUCAGGCGAACCGCAGGGCAGCGCGGAGCAGGCCCCCGGCGGGGUCCUUCGGCGACGGGCACGGAGGGAGCGGGACGGCGGCCGCGAUGAACCUGGAGCUGCUCGAGUCUUUCGGCCAGAACUACCCUGAGGAGGCCGAUGGGACGCUGGACUGCAUCAGCAUGGCCCUGACGUGCACCUUCAACCGCUGGGGCACGCUGCUCGCCGUGGGCUGCAAUGACGGGCGCAUCGUCAUCUGGGACUUCCUGACCAGGGGCAUCGCCAAGAUCAUCAGCGCCCACAUCCACCCCGUGUGCUCCCUGUGCUGGAGUCGAGAUGGUCACAAACUGGUGAGUGCUUCCACAGAUAACAUCGUGUCACAGUGGGAUGUGCUCUCUGGAGACUGCGACCAGAGGUUUCGAUUUCCUUCACCCAUCCUGAAGGUUCAGUACCACCCUCGAGACCAAAACAGGGUUUUGGUUUGCCCCAUGAAGUCGGCGCCGGUGAUGCUGACGCUGUCAGACUCCAAACACGUUGUCCUGCCUGUGGAUGAUGACUCUGAUCUCAAUGUCGUGGCCUCCUUUGACAGGCGAGGGGAAUACAUUUACACAGGCAAUGCCAAGGGGAAGAUUUUGGUCUUAAAAACAGAUACUCAGGAUCUUGUUGCUUCCUUCAGAGUGACAACUGGAACCAGCAACACCACAGCUAUCAAAUCGAUUGAGUUUGCUCGGAAGGGAAGCUGCUUUUUGAUAAACACAGCUGACCGGAUAAUCAGGGUGUACGAUGGCCGUGAAAUUCUCACCUGUGGACGAGAUGGGGAGCCUGAACCCAUGCAGAAGCUGCAGGAUUUAGUGAACAGGACACCGUGGAAGAAGUGCUGUUUCUCUGGUGACGGUGAAUAUAUAGUGGCAGGGUCAGCACGACAGCAUGCCCUGUACAUCUGGGAGAAGAGCAUUGGAAACCUGGUGAAAAUCCUGCAUGGGACCAGAGGGGAGCUGCUCUUGGACGUAGCGUGGCAUCCUGUCCGACCCAUCAUAGCUUCUAUUUCGAGCGGUGUUGUCUCAAUAUGGGCUCAGAAUCAAGUGGAAAACUGGAGUGCCUUUGCUCCUGACUUCAAAGAGCUGGAUGAAAAUGUGGAAUAUGAAGAGAGAGAGUCAGAGUUUGACAUUGAGGAUGAAGAUAAGAGUGAACCAGAACAGACAGGUGCUGAUGCUGCAGAAGAUGAAGAAGUGGAUGUGACGAGUGUGGAUCCCAUUGCUGCCUUCUGUAGCAGUGAUGAGGAACUGGAGGACUCCAAGGCUCUGCUUUACUUACCCAUUGCUCCUGAAGUUGAAGAUCCAGAAGAAAACCCCUAUGGGCCUCCACCAGAUGCGGUUCAGAGCUCUUUAACUGAUGAGGGAAUAGGCUCUGAGAAGAAGAGGCAGUGCUCCUCUGAUGGACCCCAGGCACCAAAGAAGAAGCCCAAAACCACCAACAUUGAACUACAAGGAGUACCUAAUGAUGAAGUCCAUCCGCUGCUGGGUGUGAAGGGAGAUGGUAAAUCCAAGAAGAAGCAAGCAGGCAGGCCUAAAGGAUCAAAAGGUAAAGACAAAGAUUCUCCAUUUAAACCGAAACUCUACAAAGGGGACAGAGGUGCUUUACCUCUGGAAGGAGCAGCGAAGGGUAAAGUGCAGGCGGAGCUGGGACAGCCUUUGACAGGUAAGGAACCCAGCGGGAGCGUCGUUGCCUUGCUUGGUGGCCUUGCUUUGUACAGACCCUGACUUAAUAUAGUCCUAGUUUUAUCUUCCCAAAUGGCACUUGCUCACUGAAUGUUCAGCUGCUGUCAAGGAGAGGCAAAAUUUUACAGCACUAUUAUAGUCUAUAGACUGCAGGUUGAGUACUAUCUCAAAGGCAAAACAUCUUUGGAUAUCUUUUGGAUAACUUCUGUCAGUUCUUCCAUAAACAGUAACAGGGUUUGGUUUUGGUGGGUCGAUGUUGAGGGAGGAAAAAUGUAAAGAGUGAAGGCUUCUGAAGCUGAGGUUGACAUUUUGUGCCAUCAGUACCAGGCAAAGAUGAGGAACAGCAGAGUUCUGUAAGCAGAAGUAGGAAAUGGAGCAUUGGUAAUGGUCUGUUUGGUGAAUGAACCCCGAGGGCUCAUUCAUGAGAGGAAAUCCAGGAGCUGAAUUUUCUUUUCCAAACUCCACGGCAGCCUUAUUUAAAUUCCAGGCAGUGCAGUUGCUGGCAACGAGGGUAGGUUUCGGUGGACUUUAAUCCUUUUUCCCUCUGGUCAUAUUUUGUUGGUUGUGUGCAAAACCAGGACUGUUGCAGUCACCUUUCUGGGGGCCCAUAGUCUCUGUGAGACUGAGUGUUUCCCCUCAGUCUCCUUUGCUGCUUCAGCUACUUCACUGGGAAAAGUCCAGUUAAGCUCAGUGACAAAAGGACGUUUGGAUGAAGUGAUGUGGGCUCCACUGUUUACUGCUUUUAAAGUGUAUUUAAUAAGUGAGGAUUGAUACAUAGACAGUCUCAAUGGCACUGCUAUUAUCAAAUUUUGCAUUUCCUUGAAGUCAGCAGCUGCUGCUGUGGAUUUUAGACUGUACAGAAGUGAUUUUAUUCCCCCUCUUCCUUCCCUCACUGCUGGUCCUACGCUACCCACCUUGCUCAUUGUCCUUCCUGCUCAGCUUCUGUCCCAUUGCUUGUGCUAGUACUGACAACUGCUGUUUGCUGAAAAAGGGGAGGGGAUGAAAGCAACUUAAUCUGUAAAGUAUGAUAGUAAGGAGUUACCUGGAUUGUGGGGUCCUCAGGUGUCUUUGCUGGCAUGUGUGACGCAUCCUGACUGCUCUGUUGUACAUUGCUGGAUGGAUAAGCCUGGUUUGAGGACCAGAUGAUUAGAACUAUUACAUAUCCUUGCAAAGCUGUAUGUGGGAGGAUUUUUGUGUGGUUUUGCUUGUAGUGCUGCCAUGGAGUUGUUAUAAUAGAGUCUGAGUUGCUACAAAAGCCAAGAGUGGAACUUUACUGCUGCUGAGUUUGGGAUGUGCAUAUCCAGGCCAGGCCAGUGAGUUUUGGGGUUUGGGCACUGUAAAAUGGAAGCUUUCUCAUGAGCAAAUGCAUUUAAACUCAUGUUCCCCACUUACUUCACCAGUCUAGAGGAGAUGGUAGAGCUUUCUGAAAUAGAUUUUAACCUUUGUUGCCUGGAAGCACUUGAAGGUGGUUUUCCAUGGUGCAGUUCUUGGACUUGAUUGGGAUAUAGGCAAAGAGUCAAAAUGAAGGACUUCUGUCUCGUCAGGACCUGUUGUUGUGCUUCAUUCUACACUUAAGAGGAUUUCAUAGGUCCAUGCAGUAGAUCUCAGUAGUCAGUGUUGGAAGUGUCUCUGUAAGUUAUGUUGUAAGAAGAACAGAUCGGCCACUAAAGGAACUGUUGCUUGGAUCUUUCCAAACUCACAGGAGGCUUUUACUCCAUGAAGCUCAUGUCUGCCUUCCUUUAUUCCCUCUAUGCCUUGCGCUUACACGUCCUAUUUUGGGCAGCCAGUUUUUCUGGGUUCCACCACGUGCAGAUGCACACAUCCACAUUGAAAUGGCCACCUGGAAUCCUGGAGCCUUUCCUGUCUCUCAUGCAUGGAGCUGUUAAUUUUGCUAGUUCCUUGUGCUAUUGCUUUUGAAGUAACUAAUCAGCUACUAAACCAGUCACACAAAGGCAUUUCUGCUCUCAUAUGCCCUAUUACAGUGUCUUGCUGCAAGCUUCAUGGCUGGGAUGAGGAGCUUGGCACUGGUGCAUCUGUAUCACUGUGCUGUGCAGUCUGGAAUGCCUUCUUCAAGCUGCUGUGUCAAAAUUGGGCUUCAAACAGACUGAGAAGCUUGAUGCAUUUUGUAGCUUCAGAAUAAAAUCUUACAAUUUGGGUUAACACAGGCUUAGGUGAGGCUUGUUUUCUGUUGGGCUUUUGCUCUCAGGUUUUGGGGUUGUUUGACACCAGGUAAGUUGCUUUGCAGCUCAGGAGUUUCUCAGCCACCUUGUCAUAGACAGUACCAUGUUGGUUGUACCUCAUUAGAGUGAAAAGAAUGGCUUUAGCUGGGAAAUCUUGUUCUUCUUUCUCUGGAGAUGCUGAAUUUGGUGGUCUCUGGCUUUUAGGAACAUCUGUCGGAGGCUGGUUACUUACUUUUGACCUGUCUUUGAUCU